AUGAGAAGUUGUCGUUUGCUGAGACCAGUGGUGACAGAAACAACUAUAAUUCAAACAAGUCUUCAGAACACAUCCACACUCACUUUAGCUGAACUAUUGGCUCGAUUUCCAUUACGUCGUCCGCUGUAUAUACAAGAAAGUGGAGCAUUGUGCUAUCAACUGAUUGGACAGCUUCAGGACAAUUUAUAUCAUUUUUCUCAACCAAAGGAUAGAACCUCUUUGAAAUUUCCCACUUUAGGCAAUAUUUGGAUUACCGACAGUGGAGUUGCUUUUGUGUACUCGUCCUCGGCGAGUUGUCCACUCUGGUCCGACUGGUUGGUUGCACUUGCACAAACACUGGGUCAUCACACGUUGAUCACCGACACACACGAAUCGCAUACAUUCCUAUCGCUUAUCGACAAUCUGAGCCAACCCUAUCCAGGUGUACAACAAGUUUUGGAACGUGUAAAAAUUUGGCAAACUACCUGUUUGUUUCUUUGUUCUCUAUACCCGGCCAAUCAAGAACCAAAUAUCACACACUUGCUGGAAAGACUGCAACAUCGAAGUAGAAAAGCUUAUGCGUCAGUGCUGUGCGGUGAGGAACUGCAUGAUAAGCAUCUGUUCCCCUCAAAAAUGCAAACAGAGUACGAACGAUUUACUCGAGAAAACAUGAUCACAUUUGAUCGUCACAAUAUGUCUACAUCCAAACUCCCAACUGCCGAUCAAUUGUCUAAUUCCACCAAUCGUGACGCAUUCAACAGUUGGGUUGAACGAUGGAAGUACGUGAACGCGGAAUUUUUGGCACGACAACUAGUUCGUCAAGGUUCAAAUACAACUAGACAUGAUUGUAAGAAAGCCAAACAGAAGAUAUGCGUUGCCGAGACAGAAUCGUGUUCUCAGUCCAACCCGUGCAUGAAUGAAGUUAUUCAACCAGUACAAUCCCUGUUUGAGUUUGACGAAUUAGACCCAUCCUCCGUAUCGUUUCAAAAGGCUUGCAUGCGCACUCUGAAAUCUAUGUAUUCCAGUUUGAUCGGUCGACCGUUAUCCUUGUUACAAAACGGUCUUAAAGAUGUGCGACUACAUUUGGGUCCGGGAGUGAUACAGAGCGGCACGGUUGUCGAGACACUACAAGGAUUGGAUCGUCUCCUGCGAAGUUCCGAUCAGAUGUCAAAUAGUUCAGCUACAGGAAUAAGGCUACCAUCUUUGCCGAGUUCAAAAACAUUGUAA